AUGUCUCAUUGUCUACAGUAUUGUAUGAGAGUUGUUGGACAUCGUGGUGGUGGAUAUGAUUAUCCUGAAAAUAGUUUAUCAGCAUUUCAAAAUUGUAAGGACAAAGGUUGUUCUGCAGUUGAAUUUGAUCUUGCAUUGACCAAAGACAAAGUACCAAUAAUAUUUCAUGAUGAUACUAUUGAAAGAUUGACUGGUCAAUUGGGAAUCAUCAAUCAAAUGACUUGGGAUGAAUUAAAAAACCUUGAUAUAUCAGCAAGACAUCCUUUGAGUUUUUAUCCGCUAAUUAUUUACAUGUUGAGAAAACGUAAUUCAAAAAUCAUUGGAAGUUUGUCAUAUAGACCAAAAUUUUUUUCAUCAAUAACAUGGAGUGGUAGUGAUGGUCCUGGUGAAUCAAGAUCAAAUAAUAUAUUUAAACAUUUGUCAAAUUGUUUUAUUGAUUAUGUAUAUGACUGGGCACUUGCACGUUUUGUUUAUAACAUCAUUGGAAUUUCGACGAUACUAUUACACAAGGAUGUAGUUAAUUUACAAGUUAUUAAUAAUUGGAAAAAUCUUGGUGUACGUGUUAUUGCUUGGAGUAUUAAUUUACCAUCUGAAAAAUUACUUUAUUCAAAAGUAUAUAAAAUAACAUAUUUUACUGAUACAUUAUUAACUGAAAAAAGUUAA